AAUUAAGCAUAAAGUGCUUAGAGAAAGACAACUAUCCCAAUAGUUGGUUCAUUUUAAAAAAAUUCUUUUAUCCUUUUCAUCAAACAAGCCCUUAUUUUCAAUUGAAAAUUUUUCUACAAAUUCCAUUCUUUUGUUUUUUUUUUUCUUGUUAUCUCAAUAUAGUGCUUGUUUUUUCUCUGUUUUUUCACCAAACAAACCCUUAUCCUCCAUUAUUUCUUCAUUCAAUCUAAUGCCUAAAAUUUAAUCAUAUCUUCUUUUAUCUAAUACAAUGAAGCAGAAAAAAGGAAAUCUUUCGGUUUUUAUAGUAGUUUCUUCAAUUCUUUUAUUUGCUUUUUUCAUGUACAAUGAAGAUGUGAAAUCCAUUGCAGAAUUCCCAUUUUCUAAACAAAAAGCUCAAGAAUUUCAAGGAAAUAAAUUUAAUGAUGAAAAUCCAGAUCAAAUUAACAAAAACCCAGUUCAAAUUAGGGAAAACCCAGUUCAGGAAAAUGAAAUUUCAGUCAAAAAUGGUGAAAGAUUAUCAGUUGAAGCUUCCAUUGAUGGAAAAACAGAGCAAGAAACAGGGGAACUGAAUCCUCAAAAAAAAUCAGAAAAUGAAAAAGAAAUUGAAAUUUUUAAUGAGGAAGAAAAAUAUGUUGAAGAAGAUGAUGAAGGGACUGUAUUUCCACCAGAAAGUUGUGAUCUUUUUACAGGAAAAUGGGUUUAUGAUAAUAUUACAUAUCCAUUAUACAAAGAAGAUGAAUGUGAGUUUCUUACUGCUCAAGUAACUUGUAUGAGAAAUGGAAGAAGAGAUUCAAUGUAUCAAAAUUGGAGAUGGCAACCAAAUGAUUGCAAUUUACCCAAAUUCAAGCCAAAAUUGUUGCUAGAGAAGCUAAGAGGGAAGAGAUUGAUGUUUGUGGGAGAUUCAUUGAACAGAAAUCAAUGGGAAUCAAUGGUGUGUUUAGUUCAAUCUGUUGUUCCUCCUGGUAGAAAGAGCUUAAUCAAAACUGGUUCUUUUCAAAUCUUCAAAAUUGAGGACUACAAUGCUACAGUGGAGUUCUACUGGGCCCCAUUUUUAGUGGAGUCAAAUUCAGAUGAUCCUAGGAAGCAUAGCAUAUUGAACAGGAUCAUCAUGCCUGAAUCAAUCAAUAAACAUGCUAUUAAUUGGAAGAAUGUGGAUUAUCUCAUCUUUAACACCUACAUUUGGUGGAUGAACACUUCUCUCAUGAAAGUUUUGCGAGGAUCGUUUGAUGAAGGAGCAACCGAGUAUGACGAGUUUGAGAGGCCGGUAGCGUAUGCAAGGGUAUUGAAGACAUGGUCUGAAUGGGUAGACAAAAACAUCGAUCCUAAUCGUACCACCGUCUUCUUCAUGAGCAUGUCUCCUCUACACAUCAAGAGUUUGGAUUGGGACAACCCUAAUGGUAUACAAUGUGCUCUAGAGACGACGCCCAUAUUGAACACAACGAUGCCAUUGAACGUAGGCACAGACAUACAACUAUUAAGACUAGCCCACAACGUUACGCAGUCGAUGAAGAGGGUUGUUGUGAACUUCCUCAACAUAACAACAUUGUCCGAGUAUCGUAAAGAUGCACACACGUCAGUAUACACCAUAAGGCAGGGCAAAUUGUUGAAUAGAGAGCAACAGGCAGACCCUCAAAAUUUUGCUGAUUGUAUUCAUUGGUGCCUUCCUGGCCUACCUGAUAUAUGGAAUGAGUUCCUUUACGCUAAGAUUAUCUCCCGUCCCACGUGACUCGUGUUCUUGGUCACGUGAAAAUUUUUUUUCAUUUUGUGCGGUAACCUGACUUUUCAACUUUUUCACGUGGUAGACAAAUAUUUUUCUAAAUGUGAUGGUGACCCGAUCUUUUUAAAUAUUUUUUGUCUAUCACGUGAAAAAACUAAAAAGCUCAGGGUCAACACAUGAUUUUUUUUAUUAAGGUGUCUAAAAUUUUUAGAUUAAGUUUUUGAAAGGUGGAAAGUUGGGAGCUUGGGCAAGAGAUUGCAACUAGUUCAUUUGUACUCCUAUCGUGUAGAGAAAAGAAUAAGGAAAAAAGAGAAAGGUUAUAGAAAAGUUUUUUAGUUUUCAAAAAGAUUUCAAAAGUUAGGGUUUAAAUUUCCUUGACGAGAAGAAAGAAAUUGAAGAUGUAAUGUAUGAUUCAUCAAGAAAAAAAAUAGAAAGUAAGAAAUGUAUAGAGGAGUUUUUAGCUCCAAAAACAGUUCAUCUUUCUUCUUUUGGUAUAAAUGAGUCUUUUUUUGGUAAAAAAAAUUAUUGUAUAGAAUUUUAAUUGUCUAUAAUAUUGGCGAUUCUAUUUGUGCAAUAAACUUCAA